AUGCACCCAACACCUCCGGCCAAAGAGGGAACGGGUGCUCCACCUUCACUCAGCACCCUCCAAACCACAUACUUCCUCAGCCUCCACGGGAGUUUAGCCAGCCCUCUCCAUGAAACCAAGGCAAGGUCUCCUGCACAGCAAGAGCACAGAGAUCAAGCGAGAUCCUACCUCUCUCCUUCGAGCCGGACUAGAGCUCACCUCUUGUUUCAUGCGCGCCAGCAAAAAGAAAAAUCCAGCGCUCUAGCAAAAGAGAAGCAGAUCGCCGCCUCCACAUCCGCAAAGAGCGACCUCCAGACGUCGGUGGGGGGCGGUGGCGGUUCCCUCUCCCACCCCAGCAGCCGGGAAUGGAGAACAAGAGGCGAGGCUUACAAAGGAAUCGGCGUCCACUCGACGUCCGCCACGGACCUCCUCGCUGAUGUCACUGGAGGGAAAACGCAGGAGGGAGGGAAGAAGAAUUGCAUAAAAUGGUGCUCCAUUUGGAGCAUCAGAAUCAUACAUGAGAUAUGGUUGAGAGGAGGGGGCAAGGCCGGCAGUGCCACCACACCAAGAUACUCACUAGCCAGAUCACCCCAGCUAUGGCCUGGCAAAUCUGGACAGCUAUAUCCACCAGAGUUCUGGGAAAGGCACUUUUGUGAACUGUACAGAGAUGAAGUAGGGGACCUCGGAUUCCCCUGGCAUGAUAUAAAGGAUCUGCCCACCUUGUCGCCGGUAACGUCAGCAGAGGCACAGCCCCAGCCUCUCCCACCUCUGCCUGGCAACCUGCUGCGAGCCCUGCUCAUAAGACAGCACUCAGACAUCUCUCAAAACAGGAAAAAGAACAGUGGUCAAGGCAAGGACAAAAAAAGAGACCAGUGGCAGUAGAGGCGGGUACACAGCACACGACGGCACAGGCUGGAGCCAGCAAGAAAACCCCUGCCUGUGAGUAAUAAGUUGCCGCUAAAGAAGAACACCACUUGAAAUGCAUCAGGCUACAGAAAAGAGAAUACCAGUUUAUUUAGCACCUUUGGGUUUCUUUCUAUUUUCUAUGGUGGGGAGGAGUUUAACAUGGCCAUGGGCAGCAGCCUUUUAGCUAAGCUCCCAGCAUCUUUUUAGUUUUAGUUUUUUAUUUUCUAUUUUAGCUCCUCUCUUAUCUUAUUUUUUACCAAUUUAAACUAGCCUGAACAAUUCUAUCUUAAAUAAUUGAGUUUUAGGCUGGCUUUAAGCCCCCAACUGGUUAGAAUGACUGAACAUACUCCUGCCCAUGAGCAGAGGAUGGGGGAAAAGAAAUGACUGAGAACAAGUCCUCCUGCUGAAGUGGACCAGCAGAGAUUACCCAAACAGUCUAGAAUUGAUUUCAUUUAUCAUGGGCAAAGUCAGUCAUUUAUCUUCUAUUCCCCUUCAAAACAGAUUUAAUCCCCUUGAGGAAGCAAGCCCCCUCCCAGUGCCUCCCUCUAAGAAAAUGACUGAAAUGCUAGAUUGCUCACAAGAGGACUACAACCCUCCCUUGCCUUCUGGCAAAGAACUGGGUGACUUAUUUAUGCAGCAAUGUGCUCUUAUUACUGGUACCUUUGACCAUCUCACAAAGAUUUUGUAGCGACUGGAAAAUAAACUUGACUCUAUAUAACCACCUGAACGCUUCUCUUACAUCCGCUCUAACAAGCUCGACCUCUUAAGGAAAUUAAGUGCACUUCGCAUACCUGGUUUGACCAGGAAUGCCUCGAGGCCAAGAGGAAAUUAAUUUAUCACUUUAAAUUGUAUAGCAAAGGCACCUCUAACAUUGCACCACAAACUUUAGUAACCCUUAAGAAGCAAUAUAAGAUCCUUUUAAGAGAUAAGAAACUCCAGGCCAAAAAAGAGGACUGGGCUGACCUCAUUGCCACUUCUAAACUUAAAAAUCAGAUUAGAUUCUGGAGGCUAAUCUCAUGUCCUUUAGGGAGGGCCCCUUCAAUUUCUAAUUUGGCAAGUCCGGCUGGGAUAUGGGAACAUCAUUUUUAAAUAUUCUAUGAAAAAGAGGGCUCCCACACAGCUAUAUUUGAUUAUAAGACUUCCAAGCUGGAGCCCAGUCACUGUCUCAGAAGUUGAAACUUUGGUUAAAAAAUGUAAGAUGGUAAGGCUUCUGGAAUUGACUGUAUUACAGUUGAAAUUAUUCGCAACUCAAUUGGUGGGCUCCUCUUCUUGCUUCCCUUUUUACCUUCAUAGAUACUACUGCAAAAAUUCCUGAGGAUUGGGGUGUUUCGGUAAUAGUCCCAAUUUACAAGAAAGGAUCAAGGGAGGAUCCUAAUAACUAUCAUCCAAUUAGUCUCCUUAGCAUUAUUAGUAAACUUUACGCUAGACACCUCCUGGGGAAAUUAUAGGAAUGGCUGGAUACUCAGGACAUCUUAUCUGUUGAACAAGCGGGAUUUCGAGAAGGAUACUCUACAACUCAGCAAGUAUUUAUUUUACAAUACCUAACUGAGAAAUAUUCCUCCCUGCCCAAGUCCUCCCUGUAUGCUGCGUUUAUAGACUUUAAAGGAGCUUUCGAUUCCCUUUCCAGAGAGAUACUCUGGACGAAGUUAAAGGAAUCAUCUAUAGAUCCACGUUUACUUUUGUUUAUCUACAAUCUUCAUCAGAACACCUGCCUCAGAGUGUGGUGUAGUAGGAAAGGGCAUCUCUCGUCUGAGAUACCUACUUAUAGAGGAGUAUGACAAAGUUGUAUUCUUGCCCCUGUUUUAUUUAAUUUUUAUAUAAAUUCAAUAGUUUCUCAUCUGAAUAAUCUUGCUCUUCAUCCCCCUAAACAUGCAAAUAGGCAAGUUUCAUUAUUGCUUUAUGCUGAUGAUAUUGUCCUUUAAUGUCAAACCAAGAUAGGGCUAAGCCAUGCUUUAACUUCCCUGAGCAUCUAUACUGUGAAGGAGGCCAUUGAGGUAAACUAUACCAAGAUUAAGGUGAUGGUAUUUGCAAAACACCCAAAAAUGCUGGGGAGUGUUGGUGGUGCUGGUCCUGGGGACGGGAUUGGGCUUUUAUAUUGGUGAGUAGGAAGGGGGUGAGAGAUGGAGAGCAGAGGAUUAGAGGUUAAUGAAGGGAGGUGGAGGAUUCAGACAAUGGUAGGGGAAGGCAGAUAUGGCAAUAGGCGGAGGAUAUCAGGGAGUAGGGCCCUUAGAUACCCCCUUAGAGGGCUUGGAACUUUUCUAACCUUUGCACUGUUUUGAGGGAGAAUGGGAGAAUGGAGGAGAUACACCUGACAUUGAUGUUAUGUAAUGCCAGAUCCAUCAUUAAUAAGACCAACACCUUGCAAACAUACUUUGUGGAGGCAAGUGUUGAUCUGGCGUUUGUAACUGAGACCUGGGUGAGGGAAAGCGAGACAGUCGCCCUUAUUGAAUUAACCCCACCUGGGUUUAAAGUUCUUCAUAAG